AUUAUAUUACUACAUCACAAGAAAAGAAAACUGAAUUUCCACUACGAAACUAAUAUAUUAUACAGUCUCAUUAUUCAAAUGGAAGGGAAAGAAAUAGCCUUCCUGCUGUCCCAUAAUCGAUUUAAUAUGUACAACGAUUAAAUUUAUAUCUUUUGACAGAAGCUUUAUUAUGUAGCGAGAUUAUCAUGCAACUAUUCAGACAGCUCAAUAAAUCGUGCUAUCUUAUGAAGUAUAGCACCAAUACAUGUAGUUAUAAUUGCAGAAUUCAGGCCAAGAUUAAUAUUUCAUGCCAAUAGCAAUGCAUAGCGAAAUACUUACCGUGAAAUCCUUAGGUCUCUAUAAUUAUCUCUGCGUGUAUUUGUGCAGCGAGAAACUUAAUCGGUAGAGUUUGCGUGUUCUUCAUGUCACCGAUGUCCCCGUGCAGUAAAUCGGAAGGCAAUGGUCCUCCGAUUCCGAACUAUACUGUUACUACAGUUUCUCUCUGCACUUUGUUCGAGAUACAUCAAGGGAAUAGUGACUUAAAUUCGGUGUUAUUAAAAAAAAAAAAAAAGAUUUUAAGCCUAACAAAAACUUAAUACUCUUCAAAUAUGAUGCGACGAAAAAGGGGUGGUUUAAAAUCUGUACGAAAAAUGGCUAAAAAAACAACACCGGCGGCAUUACAAACUGAAAUUUCCAAUAACGAUGAAUGGGAGAGACUCCUUACGAAAUCAGGUUUAAUAGUGGUCGACAUAUAUUCAGAGUGGAGCGGACCUUGCACAGGAAUGGUGAGCACUCUUAAAAAAAUUAAAAUGGAAAUUGGAGGAGAUGCAUUGAGUUAUGCAACGGCAAAAUGCGAUUACAUCACGGAUUUGGAGCGUUUUCAAGGGAAAAGCGAGCCAACGUGGAUGUUUAUACACAAUGGUCGAAUGGUAAAUCUCAUGUUUGGUGCUCAAUGCCCACAAUUAUUAAAAGUGUUAACAACGGAAUUGCAACGAGUACAAAAUGGCGAGGAACAUGAGUUUUCUUUAGACGUAUCGGAAAGAAGUCCGGAAGAAAUAAAACGAUUAAAAAUUAUCGAAGAAGCUAGAAUAGCUAAAGAAGCAGCAAAAAAGGCUCAAAAAGAGGCUGAAGCUGUAGCACGAUAUGAAGCUGAAAUGUUGCAUCUGACUAUUUCACUAAAUAAAGAAACAUGCCUUUUACUUUAUCCAUGGAUUUUUAAAGAUGAAGAAGGUCAUAAAAGAGAUAAAAAAUCAAGUCCACCGUAUGUAGAAUUAGUUGAAGAAAUACUACCAGGAAAUUACACUGUCGAACAAGAAAUACGAAAACGACUCAAUGAAGAUAUUCUAUCCACGAUGUUCAAUGAAUCUGAUUACGUAUUACCACUAAAUGCUAAACAACUGCUCCUAGAUGGAAAAUGUAUGUUUAUGCGAUUAAAAUUUAGUGAAACAAAACCAGAAACCGAUAUUCAUGAAUAUUUAUUAAAUCUUUUAUUUGGAGAACCGAAAUUACCCAAUACAGAAACAAUUCUUAACGAAGAAUGUUAUGCCUUACGACAUCGACCUGCCUACAUAACGAAUGAAAAUGAGAUUUUUCCAAUCGCAUGGACACCACCAAACUGUCGAAAUAAAGCAAUUACUUUUCGUACAAUUUUUCCCACAUAUACUAAUAGUACAUAUCCGUACGAAGAUAAAACCGCGGAAGUACCUAUAGUAGUAUUCAAAUAUGACUAUACAAGAAAAAACGAGCUGAGAAUGGUUUUGCAAGAAUUUGAAGAUGAAGUAGUUAACUUCGGAAUUUUCGAAUCUGAUAAACCACCAGAAGCAAAACUUAUAGCAAAGAAUAUUACGGACUUUGAAUUAAAUACAAGAGAAAGAACAGGAUACGAGAUAUUUGUAUGUGUUGUAAAAAAAGUAGGAUGCGAAGCAUUUUUAGGAUUUGCUGGUAUUGGACCUUAUCAUGUAAGUGAAAAUCCAGAGAAAGGUAUAGAAGAAUUAAAGCUAUAUUUCCCGGAUAUUACUGCUUCAGAAGAAACACAAUCAGACGAUGAAGAAAAGCCGGAAGAGUUAAUAGAAAAUCCAGAAGAAAACAAAAAUGAAACAUGAAGUAUUACUUACUAAGUAGUACAUCUAAAUUUAUAUUUUAUAUGUAUGCUGUAAUUGUACGUUUCUUAAAAAAUGAAGGAAUUAAUAAUAUAUAAAGAUCUUACGAAGCCAACAUUUAUUUUCCAACUAUCAUAACUUGUCAUAUAAACGGAUGUAGAAGUAGACAAAAUGUCUAAAUAUCAAGUCAAUGUAACAGUAUGGUAUAAUAAAUGAUGGCAAAUAAACAAAA